AUGCCCCCGCCUGUGGGCACCAGGUCGACCGGGCUGACUAGAGGGUUAUCGUCAGACACGAUUGCGAGCUUCGUCAUCGGAGCGACUUCCACGAUCUGGACACUGGCGGUGGUCAGGCACGCCCUGGACCACCAGUACUGCGCCUCUCUACCGAUCCUCGCAGAACUGGCCAAAGCUCCGCUCCUCACGCAAGUCCUCUUCGGAUUCUGGACCGUCAGAUGGCUCGACGGCCUGCGGGCGGAGAAGUCGCGAGGACGGGGCAAACCGCACUUCUGGUCGCUGGUCAACUUACGAGGUCCUUUUGCCUGGUCCUCGGGCGUCCAGCGGGGAUUUUACCGGUCCCUCAUCUCGUGUGUCUCCAUCGCGGUCGCGGUGCCGGCGUUGGCAUGUAUCAUUGCCAGCGAGGAGCCGGUGGACGGAAUCCUCGCGCUGGGAGGGCUGCUUAUGUUCCUGCUGGACGGGACGGCGAACAUCCCUUACGUGAGCGCGCAGCACCGGUACGCGGACGACGGACUGCGCGUGGCUCUACCAACGACGAACCAUGAGGGAACGGUGUAUGUGCUCCAGAGCAAAGAUAUGGGCAUCGAUGCCGUCUGGUCUCCCAAGGUCGAGAAUGAGUAUCUCGCCGCGGAUAACGAAGUCAUGGUGCUCUUCCAGCACAUGCGGUCCGGGCGGUGGGCGAUGAGUGAGCCGCUCGUGCGCCUGCGCAAGACGUUGGCCAUGUAUCAGGAGUGGAUGGUUCUCUCGACGGCGCAACUUGAACGCCUCGCCGCCUGGAUCUAA